AUGUAUCAUUGUCGUAAUUCUGGUCUCGUGAGAUACAUCCACUUCAUGAAGCGAACUGAACGGAAGGAUACCCGAAAAACACUGGCGAGGAGUAAGAGCGCCGCCAAAUCUCGUCCUCCUAACACUGGACGAGAUAUAAUGCGAAGACCGUACGAGAUUACAGUAAUAGUUCUCGGUGCAACUAAGGUUGGAAAGUCGGCGCUAGUUUCACAGUUCCUUUGGGAGGGAUUCAUAAGCGACUACAAGCCUACAGUAGAAGAAUUUAACUGGAUCGAAUAUGAUUUGGGGGACGGCAAUGCCCUUAUGUUGCAGAUAAUCGACUCAAGUGGCUCCCACGACUUCCUUGCGAUGCGUCACUUUUACAUUAGGACUGGUGAUGCUUUUUUGGUUGUGUUCUCAAUUGAUGAUGCUGCUUCGUUCGAGGAAGCAAGGAGGAUUAUCGAAGAAAUCGAGCAGGAACGAAAGAAGAAAGUACCGAUAGUUCUCGUAGCGAACAAAUGCGACCUUUACGAAGACGUAAUGGAUUGGAAGGCAAAAGGAUCACACCAGUACGCCUACACCCGAGCAAUUCCUAUCGUUGAGUGCAGUGCAAAAAAGCAACCAGAGGUUGUUGAAGCAUUCAAAGAACUGCUGGAAAGACUUCGUGACGAGAACAGGAUAGGCAUAACAGACAUGCGAAAAAGAAGACAAUCGAUGCCGAGCACGAGAGCGUAUAGUGGCAUCGAUGUAGCGGAUGUGGAAAGACUAAAAAGUAAGCAGAAGUCGAACUGCGUGAUCUCCUGA